CAGUUGAGCUGUUUUUCUGUCCAUUGUGUUGUACUACAAGUGUUUAGUGUUACCAGUAUAAAAAAUAAUUUAACGUAAUGAUUGCUAGAAGUUUAACUUUCUUAUUGGCGCUGGGAGCCACCAUGGCGACGUACCGCUCCUUCGAGGGUGUGAACCCCAAUACCCUCUCCUGCGACCCUGAGGGCCAGAUUUUCCUCCUGCUGCCUCACCACGAAGAGUGCGAUAAGUUCUACAUGUGUACUCACGGAAAGGAGGUUCAGUUCCAAUGUCCCAAAGGCACCAUCUUUGAUUUUGAAAUACAGGGUUGCGAGUGGUCCUGGGCGACCACUUGCGAGCUUCGCCCGCCGAUUAAGGAAGAUUCUUCCAGUGAGGAAUCUUUCGAGGGCUCCGGAGACAGCAGCGAAGAACAUUGGUCUCCGAAGGACAACGCUCAGAUCGGUGUCUUGGACCUGCUGAGCAGUGCUGUCGUGAAACCAGUGGAUGCACAAAACUUCCGCACCAUCUUGGACUGCGAGAGUCCGGCGUCUGCUGCCAAGCGGCUGCCGUACAGAGGUGACUGCCAGCGUUACUGGAGCUGCUCCAACGGCGUACCUCAAGCCGCGUUCUGCUCUGACGGCCUGUUCUUCAACGAACGCACGCAGCAGUGCGACUUCGAGGCCAACAGCAAGUGCGUCGACAGCCAGCAUAACGAGCUGGGCGGAGAAUUUAUUGAGUACAAGUAAUUUUAUUUCUGUGAAGUUCGAAGACCAGCUUUAUUUUAUAAAGGCCACCCCACACUGGCGUCUUUUGAACGUCGGCGUCGUCUGUAUCUUUAGGUAGUUAAAUAAAUGUAAACAAUGUGUUUUUAGCUUUUCGGGUACUUGAAACAUUUAUCAGUUAACCAACCAAAAUAGAAAACUGCCCGGAUCUGUUCCUUCAUCGUUCUGGCUUUAACCUAUUUCAUUUAAUCGUGUAAUGUACCCUCAAAUGAGAUAGAAUAGAUAUUCGAUCUCGUUUUAGGUUCUUUACUAGGGCGAAGUAAUAGCAAAUAUUACAAUACUAAAUUACUAUAGAUUGAUCAAGUCAUUUCGAUUUAUUCUUAUUAACAAAAUAGCCCGAUUAUAGCAGCUUCGUUGUUAUGUUGAGAAAGUAAUAUAUCGCAGUAAAAAUUCUGUAAGUUUUGGCAUUUGGCACAUCGAGUUAAAUUAAUUGAUCUGAAGAGUUUUCUUGCCCAAUAAAAUACCUAAUUGUGGUUUGUUUACAUUCUUUUAAAUAACUACCUUGGCUGAAUGCGCCAGGAGCCCGAUGCCAUUUAAAAAAAAAACCUACCUAAUGAUACAGACUUAAGUCAGUACAAAGUAAUGUCGCUCAGCAGUUGCACCAACGUUGCGUCGAGCGGCAGCUAUUAUAUAGAGUUGACUAGAUGCUAACGCUCGGGAGACGCUAGAGUGGGGUCUCUCUAAAGCUACAAAUUAUACCUUCUCGCGUCGACAGUUAGUCCUUAUGAUAGUUCAUUUUUAUAGACAGACAUUUUCUGGAAGUUAAGCACAAUAAUUUAUUAAAAAAGAGACAUGUAAGUUAUGUUAUGAAAAUACAGUCAAAACAUAGAUAGAUAGAUAAUAGUUUAUACUUUAUUCAUCACACAUGGUAAUCGACCACCAUGCCUGAGAAACCUUAGCUGAGGACCGUGACGGAUGGCGCAAGCGUGUUGUGGAGGGGAGUAGGCUAUGCGACCAAGCCUGGUUUAAUGCGUUAGAUAGCAGAAGGUGUCGCAGAAAGCAAACCGGGACUGGAACCUCGGGUGGCAUGAGCUUUCUCUGCCAAAAAUGUGGGAGGUCGUUCCGCUCACAUCUAUCUUUGCGCUCACGCAUCGGCCUCCACAGUCACCAAACCCGUUGCCUAAACAACAAUGUAUAAAUCGUUUGCAAUGGACGCAAAGGCCUGUGAUGAUGUACACAAUAUCUAUACUAACUAGUGCGACUAGUCAGGAAUUAUUAAACUAAGGUUGCAUGUCAUAAUUUGUAACAUUACACUUCAUUAAAUUCAUUUAUUAUAUUCUUCAAUUGUUUUUAAAUCAAGCCCAACCAAGAGAUUUUAAGGAACUGUCAUAUAAUAAAGGGACCAUCUAUGGAUGGUAUAGAAAGGAUGCCAAUCUCUUAUGGCAGAAUUGUUGCAAAAGUGACCGCUUUCUGCUUUAAAUAAUAGUUCCUAUAAUCUCUCCGGUGGCGCUAGUUAAGCUCUGGGACAUGAGUAUAACAUGAACCAUAUGAGGCAAAAAGUAACCCGACCAAAUUACGUAGGUUGCUUUUGGUAGUAUUUCGGUGUAUGGUGGCGCCGCCUAAUUACUGUUUUUUGAUGGACACUUUUCAUACAUAGAGAUUUGGCUCGUUUAUAUAGUCUCCUUGGGACCAUCAUUCGACUCGAGGUGCCACCGACUGUCGUAACUCGAGGAAGUUAAGUGUACAUUUGCUAAGACAUAUUUUAUUGUGACAUGAGAUUAUGAUGGGACGUAUUUCUUGUGUUUGUUUGA